UACAUUAAAUAAACUAUUGGAUAUUUAAUAAUCUUUUCAGUAGCAAUAAAGUGUCCCUCCUGUGCAGUGUGAUGCUGAGGUGAUGCAACCAGGGGAGGGGGUAGAUGAUCAUCCGGCUGCUGCCAACAGAAAGGAGCCGACAUCCGACACCGAUGCUGCCCUCAGAAGUUGGAGAACUGAGGAACUCUUUGCGACACAAAUGGAUGUUCACCGGACCUUAAUCGGUGUGUCAACUUGGAAGAAUUAGGAGAACCUAAGAUUGAGCUGUAAAUGUGUCAGCAUCAGAGAGCUCAGUAUGAAGAAGUCGGUCCGGCCAGUGGCAAGUAAGGUCAGCGGAGAUCGAGGGAAGUCGGAAGCUACAACUGCUGCUGGCAUCGGAAAGUCUACAGCCAAGAGUACCACCACUGCCUCUCUACCAAAGGUGAAAAGCAAUGAUGAUCUUUUAGCAGCGAUGGUUGGAGGGAAUCCUGCUUCAAGUAGCACUGCCACCAAGGCCAAGAAGACGGCCUCUGCUGGAACUAGUGCGAGCAAUCUAGAUAGCAAACCAAAGACAUCAUCAGGUAGUUUAUCCAAACGGACACCAUCAACAACUUCCAAGGAGCCUAGUUCAACAAAAGAUCGCCUUCGGACAUCCAGGGCGUCAGCUGCUAAAAAGCAGCUGGCACCAGGGACUGCAGCAGGAGAUGCGGCCUCAGGAAAACGCUCUCGGAGUCAGAUCCUGGCAGAGUCCGACGGCCGUAUGAGCAAAUCAAAAUCAGAUGGCCAGAUCAGUGAUAAAGUUGCUCUAGAAGCCAAAGUAAAGGACCUGCUAGGUUUGGCUAAGAGCAAAGAUGUGGAGAUCCUCCACCUUCGCAGUGAACUGAGGGACAUGCGGGCCCAGCUUGGUAUUGGGGGGAAGGAAUCGUCGCUGCAGGAAGAAGUUGGGGAAGAAGAGAAGCCCCAGGUUUCGGCCAUCACAGCAGCUGAUGUGGAGUCCACUUUGAUUCUCUUACAAGAGCAGAACCAGGCAAUCAGAGAGGAGCUCAAUCUGCUUAAGAGUGAGAAUCGCAUGCUGAAAGACCGGCUCAACGCACUCGGCUUUUCUCUGGAACAGAGACUGGACAGUUCUGACAAGCUAUUCAACUACCCGUCCCUGAGCCCGGACAUGGCCACAGGCAGUGCACACAGCGAUGGUGGUUGCACAGGUACGCUGACCUCAUCAGUGGAAGGCUCAGCCCCAGGCUCGUUAGAGGAUCUGCUCACAGGACAUCAACAUGGAGGUUCUGCAGACAACCUUGACAGUGAAUCCAGUGAGGUCUACCAAGCUGUCACCUCCAGUGAUGAUGCUCUGGACGCUCCAUCUGGAGCAUCCUCAUCAUCUGAGUCCGAGUGUGCCCCGAGCACAGAGCGCUCAAGGAGGGGCAGCAGCGGUAAUGCCAGCGAGGUGUCAGUAGCUUGUCUGACAGAACGUAUCCACCAGAUGGAGGAGAACCAGCACAGCACCGCUGAGGAGCUUCAGGCCACCUUACAGGAGCUGGCUGACCUGCAGCAAAUCACCCAGGAGCUGAAUGGAGAGAACGAGCGACUUGGUGAGGAGAAAGUCAUCCUCAUGGACUCCUUGUGCCAGCAGAGUGACAAGCUAGAGUUGUAUGGGCGACAGAUUGAAUACCUGCGCUCACUGUUGGAUGAGCAUCACAUAUCCUACGUUCUAGAGGAGGAUAUAAAGAGUGGUCGCUAUAUGGAGCUGGAGCAGCGGUAUGCAGACCUGGCAGAUAAUGCCCGCUUUGACAGAGAGCAGUUGUUAGGAGUGCAACAGCAUCUGUCCAACACUCUGAAGAUGGCUGAGCAGGACAACGCUGAAGCCCAGGAGAUGAUUGCAGCACUGAAGGAAAGGAACCACCAAAUGGAGCGCAUCAUGGACUCGGAGAGGCAGGAUCGAGCCUCCAUGGCAGCAGCGCUGGAGGAGUACAAGGCAGCGGUCAGCAGCGACCAGGCGGAGCUAAGCCGCUGCAGAGCCCAGCUGGACCAAGAGAGGCAGAGGGUGGCCGAGCUGUACUCUCUCCACACUGCCGGUGACAAAAAUGACAUCUGUCAGCUGCUGGAGGGGGUACGGCUGGGGAAGGAGGAGGCUGAAGCCAAGGCUGCAAAGAUGCAGAAGGAGCUAGAACAAGCACACACUGAAUUCAGCCGCCUGCAGGAGACUUUCAGCAAGCUGGACAGAGAAUACAGAGACUUCCAGGAGCAGGUUCAGCAGCAGAUGGCCGAACAGGAGCGGACACUGGAGAAGCAGCGGGUGGAGCUACAGGAGAAAGAAACGGAGAUCGCAGACAUGAAGGAAACCAUCUUUGAGCUGGAAGAUGAAGUGGAGCAGCACAGAGCUCUCAAACUCCACGACAACCUCAUUAUCUCAGACCUUGAGAACUCUGUGAAAAAGCUGCAGGACCAGAAGCAUGACAUGGAAAGAGAGAUUAAGAUUCUCAAUCGCAGACUGAGAGAGGAGUCCAUGGAAUGGCGUCAGUUCCAGGCCGAUCUGCAAACAGCUGUUGUCAUUGCAAAUGACAUCAAGUCAGAAGCACAGGAAGAGAUAGGAGACCUGCGGCGCCGUCUGCAGGAAGCCCAGGAGAAGAACGAGAAGCUUAGCAAGGAACUGGACGAGGUCAAGAGCCGCAAGCAGGAAGAGGAGAGAGGCAGAGUGUACAACUACAUGAAUGCAGUGGAGAGGGACCUAGCAGCUCUCAGACAAGGGAUGGGUCUCAGCAGGCGAUCCUCCACCUCAUCAGAGCCUUCACCAACCGUAAAAACGCUCAUCAAGAGCUUUGAUAGUGCCUCGCAAGGUCCACCUUCCAACGGUGCCUCUGUGACUCCAACCGCCUCAGCUACCCCGUUACCACGAACCCCCCUCAGCCCCAGUCCCAUGAAGACGCCCCCAGCAGCUGCUGUUUCACCCAUACAGAGACACUCCAUAAGUGGAUCGAUGUCAGCAGCCAAGCCUCUCUCAUCUUUGAGUGAUAAGAGACCCAGCUACACAGACAUAACCAUGCCAGCUGAGCACCUUCUCAGGGGAACCUCAGCUAGUCGACCCACGCCUGUCCUCCAGAGGGUCUCCAACAUGGAUACCACCAAGGCAAUUUCAGCAGUGUCACGCAGGAGCAGCGAGGAGAUCAAAAGGGACUUGUCAGCUUCAGAUGGGGCGUCCUCAACCUCCCUGAUGGCUAUGAGUGCAGCUUCCUCCCCACUGUCCUUAUCCUCCUCCUCCCCCACUGCCUCCAUCACACCUACAACCCGCAGUCGACUGAGGUACCACAUAGAGGAGAGAAAGGAUCCUCUGUCAGCACUGGCCAGGGAGUAUGGAGGCUCAAAGAGGAAUGCUUUGCUGAAGUGGUGCCAAAAGAAGACGGAAGGCUAUCAGAACAUUGAUAUCACUAACUUCAGCAGCAGCUGGAACGAUGGCCUGGCCUUCUGCGCUUUGCUACACACCUAUCUGCCCGCACACAUCCCUUACCAGGAGCUCACCAGCCAAGACAAGAGGAGAAACUUCACCUUAGCUUUCCAGGCUGCUGAGAGCGUCGGCAUCAAAUGCACUUUGGACAUCAAUGAGAUGGUGCACACAGAGAGGCCAGACUGGCAAAGUGUCAUGACAUACGUCACAGCCAUCUACAAAUACUUUGAAACCUGACUUCACCGUCUCGCUCACCCUGCACCUGCAGCAUAACCUGCGAUCUUUCCACUCCACGGUCAACUUUACCUCACUGACCCUCUACGCUCAUGUCACAGCGACAUCCAGUCACACUGCAUGUCUGCAACGUUAGUGGCAGAUCUGAACCUCACUGGACACGCGCGCAACCGGGCCUUCUUCAUUUGUUUACUGUUGCACUAGUAAGCAAUGAGAAGUGACCGGUCAAAGCCAGAUUAACCAAGUAUGAAGUGAUCUUUUGGGGAACCUUGUGGAUCACCUCGGCCUUCACUUCAUGUCUGAAGAAGCAGGUGUCAGUGCCUUCUUUCUGGCUUCUCUCACAUAUUGUCCACAUAUCCAGGACAUUGUUGUCUAUUGAAGGGGAAUUCAUUCAAAUUGAUCAAAUUUGAUUUUAAUCAUGCUACUUUGCUGGAAAUCCCCCUUGAAUAAACUUCAAACUUCAGCUUUUUUUGCACCAAGUCUUCCUGACGAUGAAAAGUGCCUGUGUGGGUUUUGAUGCGUGAGACCAGGAAAUGUGAAGCUGAAGACUUGAUGAGUUGCCAAAUCUGUUUCAGAACCUUUUAACUAUUGAUUACUGGCUUAUAGAUCACCAGGACAAGCUGAUGCUUUUCAAGUAUAAAGCAUGCUAGCGUCGACGACUCCUUAAGCAGCACUAACACUCUUUAUAAAUGUUUUUCACUAAUAGAUCUGUGAAGGUGAACUUGCAUUCAUUUGGUGUGUGUAAAGCUCUGAAUGCUUUAGUUAACAAAUGUUUUGUAUAAUGUUUGCAUUUUGUAGGCCUGAAUUAGCCGUCUUACACUUAGAGCACACAGGAGUAUUUUAUAAUGACUAAAUGCAGCCUUUAGCUAAACGUUUUGAACAAAAUGGCUGGUGGUGUGAUUAGAAACAUAGUGUCUCACCUCAAGACCUCAUGAGGAGAAUCUAAGCUCAGUCACAGGUACAGACGCUUUUAAUGUGCCAGAGCAGUUUGACAUUUUUGGAUGAUUUAAAUUUACUCUUUUGUUGUGGAAAAAAUACCAGAAACAGGAGGCUUGCCUGAUUCUGCUCCAAGGUAAAAAAAAAAAUAAAUCUUCAUACCAGCUCAUGUAAACAUUUAUAACAUAUUGGAUCUUAUUUUGCAAGCUACAGGUUUCUUAUUACUGCUCUUUUUUUUUUUUACCAGGCCAAAUAUGACUUCUUUCAGUCUCCUCUUGGCAAAUUGAACAACAUAUUAGUAAAUUUUAGAGAUGGUCACAGGCAGAUUUAUUUUUCUUUUACUUGUGGGCAAAGCAACCCUAAUCUCAUUUUUUUAAUGGUGGGCUAAGCCCACUGUUGGCUUUUAUGUCAUGUUGGCGCACAGAUACGAGUAUUGAUUUUAUCGUGUGCAUCUCAACAAAAGGGCAAAAAAAGUACAUUUCCAUAAAUGUCAAACUUUUCUUCUUGCAUCCACAAAUAUCACUAAUAUUUUUUCUUGUAAAUGAGCAAACAAAUGGCUAGAUAAUCCAUUCUGCUACUGGCGUCUUUAGUUCGUGUCCUUGCACAGCGAGAUGGGACGUUUUGUUGCUAAUAUGACUAAAACUUUACUAGACACACUGUAGCAAAAGUUGCCAUUUAAUUAGUCUAAAACCUAUGAAUGCCUGCUGUGUUAAUUGUGCCUCCACAUACAAAGAUCUUUAUUUAUUUUCAUAGUUUCCAUGAGGUCAACGCUUCAUUUGCAUUUCUCAAGUAUCUAAUUUUAUUGCACACACAGUAAGUAGCUGCACUGAGACAAGCUUUUUAUAUACUACACUAAUUUCUUGCCUUAAGAGUUUCGCUGAGGCUUCUGUUACAAAAAAAAUGUGACUUUUUGAACAGUAGUUGGCUUUCCUCCUCACCACGCAUGUGUUAUAGUGAGGAAAUCCUUUCUAAAACAAAGUCCUUCUUGUUUGUGCCUCUUGAGAAACACUAAUAGUGAAUGAUGGUCUUGAACCACUUUAGAAGCAGAGGUUGAACUCCUUGGUGUGUUUAGUGAUGGUGACUGCACACUGUUUAGAUUUGGAUCUACUGAAGCUGCCAGCCGGUAUCAAUAGCAACAAUAUUUUUGUCUUCUGCCAGGUCACAUCAGCUGCGUUACACAUGAACUGAUUUAAAGAGUCAACUGCAACUAAUUGUUUCUGUGUUGUGUACAGGCGGGACAGAGUGGGUUAUUUAAUGGCAUAUAAAAGAACUGGCUCCCUGUUGAAAGGGGUUUUGAGAUGCCAUGAUACUGAGGAUUAUCAGCCAGCAGUUUUAUUGCGCUGUUUAAAUCUACCGCUGGCCCACGUGUUUUAUUGCUCCCGACUGGAACCUCUGAGAGCUACAGCGAUUUGAAGCCUCGCAAUCCUUGAAGCGGAAUGUGUUUUGAUCAUGCAUUAGUGAUCCUGGGACUUUUUUACAAGGUCUAGCAUGUGCAGAUGUGGAGUGAUUGAUGAACGCUGAGACCAGACGGCUGGCAAAAGCUAGGAAGCACAUUCCACCUCCACAUGAUGCAGCCGUCAUGACAAUGUUAUGUAGUUUGGGGAUCUUACAUGAUGCCUUUAAAGCAUCCGGCUUCCCAGCAAGCCAUGCAAAUGUGAACAAUGAACUGUGUCCUUAAUGAGUCCACUUCAUUAUCCAAAAUGUAAUUUUGUUUACUUGAAAAUACUCAGCGAAUUCCACUGAACAUGUUUUAGUUUGGCUCUGAGUUUCCAUGUUGCCUUUCUUUUUCUUCCUAGAAGUCACGUUAUGCAGUCUUAAGAUUUUUUUUAAUUUUUUUUGUAAAUGCAUAUUUUUGAGAAAAUCACAAUCACUACAUGCAAUGUGGAAAUGCUGCCUUGGCAAAGUCAAACUAAAUUAAUAUGAGUGCAUUUGUGUUGAGAAGGCACUAAGCUACAGUAUUAAGGCACACUAUGAUGAUAAUCAUUUGUCAGAAAAGCUGUCUGGUGGAUAUUUGUUGUAUUUUUUCUGGCAAUACCUGUUAUUAUAAAAGACCAUUGAA